AUGGGGAUGAAGGUCCUUCAGUUUCUCCGACACAACAUCCUCCUCAUCUCUACACUUCUCGCUGUUGUACUGGGAAUUGUUGCUGGGAUGGUGUGCCGGCCCCUCAAGCCGUCCUCUGACACUAUUCAUCUUGUGCAGUUUCCUGGAGAGCUUUUCCUUCGUAUGCUGAAGAUGCUGAUGCUGCCUCUGAUAAUAGCUAGUAUCAUUACAGGUCUUGGGAAUAUGAAAGGAUCAUCUGCCGGAAGGAUAGGUGUACUGUCUAUGGUUUAUUACGCAAGUACCUCUGUUGUGGCAACACUGGUUGGCUUGACAGUAGUCCUGACCAUCAAACCUGGAGCUUACUCAGACUCGUCAACAGCCUAUAUAUCACACAACAACGCCAUGACGUCAACAACUGAUAUUUUUUUGGACUUGUUGAGGAACAUAGUGCCAGACAACAUAGUUGCUGCAACAUCCCAACACUCAAGCACUGUGACAAGGACAGAGGAUGGUGGCAGCUUCAGUUAUGAUUUCUUGAAUGAUACUGAAAAUUCUACAGAAGUCAACAUGACAAAUCAACUAUCUUCAACAAGAAAAACACAGCUGGUUGAUGGUGCAAAUAUCUUAGGAGUACUUAUGUACUGCAUUGUUUUUGGUGUGACUCUCAGCCAACUCGGUCGUAGUGGAACAGUGGUGACAGAGUUCUUUACUGUCAUCAAUACCGUCACCCUAAAAAUGAUCAGACUUGUUAUGUGGUAUUCACCGUUUGGCAUACUGUUUCUCAUCAUGGGCCAGAUAAUGUCCACAACUGACAUGACGGAGACUGGACAAACACUGGCUAUCUACAUUGCAACUGAGUUGGCCGGAUUGGCAAUCCAUUCACUGGUGGUCCUUCCAGGCUUGUAUUUCAUCCUGACAAGAAAAAACCCAUUUGCCAUAUACCUCAAAAUAGUGCAAGCUCUUCUGACAGCCUUUGCAACUGCCUCCAGUGCUGCCACGCUGCCGGUGACCAUGCAGUGCGUCGAGGAGCGGAUGAAGAUAGACACACGAAUUUCCCGUUUCGUCCUCCCAGCAGGAGCCACAGUCAACAUGGACGGCGGUGCUGUGUAUGCUGCCAUUGCGCCUGUGUUCAUAGCACAGUACAAUGGAGUCAGCCUGUCAUUUGGAGAUGUAAUAAUUGUUAGUUUAACAGCUAUUCUCAGCAGUGUUGGAACUGCUGGUGUGCCAGGUGCGGGUUUAGCUGUCCUGCUGCUUGUCCUUAAAUCUGUUGGACUCCCGGAUCGAGGCGUCUCGUUCCUGAUCACGGUAGAAUGGCUGUUAGAUAGAACUCGCACCAUGGUAAAUGUGGCUAGUGAUUGCCUGGUCGUAGGAGUUGUCUCCCGUUACACGAAUCUUCCUCCACGUGACCAGUCAGAGACACAAAGUGAGCCGCUACGUGAGGAGCAGGUGAUGCUCGAGAGUGAACUGGUGUGA